AUGUUGUUCUCGAGUGUUCUUGUGGCAGCUUUUGCUACUGCUGCGAAUGCUUUGAACCUCAAGGUCGCUGCUAGUGGCGGUAAUGCUACAUCUCCUCUGCAGUAUGGCACUAUGUUCGAGGAUAUCAACUUCUCUGGCGAUGGUGGACUUUACGCCGAGCUCAUCCGCAACAGAGCAUUCCAAGGCAGCACUGUACAUCCAUCGAGCCUUUUCGCUUACGGCUCUGUGGGAGGCUCGACUCUUUCGCUGAAGAACUUGUCUCAACCGCUGUCCAGUGCUUUGCCUACCUCUAUGAAUGUUGCAACUGGCAAGGCCACCGAGGCCGAGGUUGGAUUCUCGAAUACCGGAUACUGGGGCAUCGGUGUCCAAGUCCAACUCUACACUGGCUCUUUCUGGGUCAGAGGAUCCUACAAGGGCAAAUUCACCGCUUCCUUAAAAUCUGACAUCAACAACGAGACCUUCGCUACCACACAAGUGCAGUCACAGGCUUCGCCCAACGAGUGGGUGCAGCACAACUUCACCCUCACCCCUAGCUCUGCAGCACCGAACUCGAACAACUCGUUCUACCUCACUUUCGACAAGUCUGGUAUCUCUGGAGGCUCGCUUGAUUUCAAUUUGAUCAGUCUUUUCCCUCCUACCUACAAGAACAGAGCCAAUGGUCUUCGUGUGGAUCUUGCUGAAGCAUUGAAGGCGUUGAAUGGAAAGUUUUUGAGAUUCCCUGGAGGUAACAACCUUGAGGGAAGUCUCCCACCAUACCUCUGGAAAUGGAACGAGACCAUUGGACCUCUAAAGGACAGACCCGGCAGAGAAGGGACGUGGGGCUACGUCAACACCGACGGUCUAGGUUUGAUUGAAUACCUUCACUGGUGCGAGGAUCUCGAGCUCGAACCCAUCCUCGCAGUUUGGGAUGGCUUCUACCUUAGCGGACCCGUCACUCCACAGGAUCAGCUCCAACCCUGGAUCCAGUAUGCUCUCGACGAGCUUGAGUUCUUGAUGGGUUCGACUAGUACCAAGUACGGAGCAUUGAGAGCAUCUCUCGGAUACCCUCAGCCAUUCCAGAUCAACUAUGUUGAGAUCGGUAACGAAGACAACCUCGGCGGCGGCAAUGCCAGUUACUCAGCAUACCGUCUGCCCAUGUUCACCAGCGCCAUCAAGGCAGCCUACCCUGACAUCACCAUCAUUGCAUCGACUCCUCAAGUCGACCCUAUUCCCGACGACAUCUCUCUCGACUACCACGAGUACUCCAGACCCGACAACUUUGUGCACGAGUUCAGUCUCUUUGAUCACUACAACAGAAGCCACCCUAUCUUGAUUGGUGAAUACGCUGUGAUCGAGGGCAACAACGCCUCUAUGGCUUCGGUAGACUGGAGCUCGAACAGGGAAAGACUGGCCUUCCCAUCAUGGGAGGGCAGUGUCGCCGAAGCAGUCUUCCUUCUCGGAGCCGAACGCAACUCAGACAUGAUCAUUGGUGCAUCGUAUGCUCCAACCUUGCAGAACCUGAACAGCUACCAGUGGACACCUGAUAUGAUCAGCUUCACUGCCGACCCUACCAAGGACAUUCUGUCGACUUCGUGGCACAUGCUCCGGCUCAUGGGUAACCACCUCAUUACCGAGACUCUGCCUACUACUGGCGGCAACUUCGGACCUGCCUACUACGUGGCCGGUUACAACAACCAGACUGGAUCUCACAUGCUCAAAACAGCCGUGUACAACGCCACGAGCAACGUUCCCGUCUCCAUCUCUUUCAAUGGUGUAUCUGGCGGUGCCACUGCAACCUUGACGGUGCUGACUGCACCAAGCCACGACAGCUACAACGCCCCCAACAAGGCUCAGGUCGUAACAUCGACAAACACGACCAUCACAGCUUCCCGUGAUGGCACAUUCAAGUUCGAGCUUCCCAACCUCAGUGUCAGCGUGCUGGAAGUGCACGGCAGGGCAACAUACUGGGCAGGCAGCUGGGGCGGACACCGUGGUGCUUGGGGCCACGGCGGCUUCGGCGGAUGGACCCCUAGCUUCGGCUCCUGGGGAUCGAGCGCUGGUGGCUGGAAGGGUACUGGACACAACAAGAGAGAUGUACCCAAGGGUUUCAAGGAGGUUGUCUUCUAG